UGUUUUUCAGUACCUGAGGCCCCCGGACCGGUCCAGCUCCUAAGCGGGUGGAGGUUUUGCAGUGCCUUAUUGGUGCACAUGGUCCCUCCCCUACUGCUCUUGGGCUGAAAAGGGGCGGCGCCGGCAGGGUGGCAGGUGCACAGGCGACUCGGAGUGCCCAGUGGUCCUGAUCUGCUGCUGAAUGUCUGUCCCCGAGGAGGAGGCGACGCUGCUGCCGCUCACGCAGAGAUGGCCCCGGACGAGCAAGUUCCUACUGUCCGGCUGCGCCGCAACCGUGGCCGAGCUAGCAACCUUUCCCCUCGAUCUCACAAAAACCCGACUCCAGAUGCAAGGAGAAGCUGCCCUUGCUAGGUUGGGAGAUGGUGCAACUGGAUCUGCCCCUUAUAGGGGCAUGGUGCGCACGGCCCUAGGAAUUGUCCAGGAGGAAGGCUUUCUAAAGUUGUGGCAAGGAGUGACGCCCGCCAUUUACAGACACGUAGUGUAUUCAGGAGGUCGGAUGGUCACCUAUGAACAUCUCCGGGAGGUUGUGUUUGGGAAAAGUGAAGAUAAGCAUUAUCCCCUCUGGAAGUCGGUCAUUGGAGGGAUGAUGGCUGGUAUCAUUGGGCAGUUUCUAGCCAACCCCACGGACCUGGUGAAGGUCCAGAUGCAGAUGGAAGGGAAACGGAGGCUGGAAGGGAAGCCCUUGAGAUUUCGUGGAGUCCAUCAUGCGUUUGCAAAAAUCUUAGCUGAAGGAGGAAUACGCGGGCUGUGGGCAGGCUGGGUACCCAAUAUUCAAAGAGCUGCACUUGUGAACAUGGGAGGUAACUAUAUUUGUGUCUACAGUUUGUGCUCUGGACUUGUGGCUUCCAUUCUGGGAACACCAGCUGAUGUCAUUAAAAGCCGAAUAAUGAACCAACCCCGAGACAAACAAGGAAGGGGACUUUUAUAUAAGUCAUCAACUGACUGCUUGAUCCAGGCUGUUCAAGGGGAAGGCUUCCUGAGCCUGUACAAAGGCUUUCUGCCAUCCUGGCUCAGAAUGACCCCUUGGUCAAUGGUGUUCUGGCUCACUUAUGAAAAAAUCAGAGAGAUGAGUGGAGUCAGUCCAUUUUAAGCCCUUAAAGCUAGAGGGCUCAUUGUUACUGAACAAGGGCAUCCGCAACACACGCCCCCUAUUAUUUCUACCUCUUUAGGAAGAUACUUUACUCCACAGAGACUGCGAUUUACAGGGGGCAGCGCUUUAUAUUUCUAUGGACACCCGAGUUCUCUUAGAUCCCACUCUUUCUCUAAGAGUGAUCUCUCUGGUCCCAGUCUCUCAAGACCAACCACUGAGACCUAGCACAGCGUUUCCUGAAGAAUGGAACCUGGACCACUUUGACCUUGGACCAGAAGGUUUAGACUUUGAGCUGCCGAUCUCUGCAAAAGUAUCUGCCUAGAGGAGUGCCAGAGGGAGCCGGCCCUCAGACCUGGCUAGACGUCAGCCAUGUGGAAGACUGCGUAGUGCUUAGGAAACACAUUUAACCUGUGCGCCAGUAUUUAUUGUUGCAGUGUGACAACUCACUUUUCUGUUAUUAGAGUGCACAUAUCGUAUACUCCAGAGAGGCGGGUGAAAAUUCAAGAAUAAACAUUUUUGAGUUUCCCUAGUGCUGAAAGAAGUGGCUUUACCUUUUCUCCCAAGGAGGAUGGAAAGAUCAAAGAGACAACUUGAAGUGAUGUUUGAUUUGCAGGGAAAGAGGCUGCUUGCUGUCAGGGCCCACCUUUACAAUGUGCUCACCCCUCCACACAACAGAACACAACAACAGUCACAACUGUGCUGCUGGGGAACUCAGAAAGACAGCAUGGAUGUACAGGGGCUCAGUCAUGAACCUAGAACCUAGUAACUUCCCCUGGCAGCCACAGCCUGUCUCCGUGAGAGCAGAUCACAUGCCGUGUGUGGCGUACUCCAUCACAACCCGCAUUUGUCAGUAGCUCUGAGAAUCGUAACACACGGAAACCACACCAUGUUCGACUGAGAUUCAGCUCUCAGGGUCAUCUUAUGGAGCACCUCGUAAUGUCCUCAGCUCUUCCUGGGUGUUUUUGGAGCAAGACUGGCAUGAAGGCAGCUCACACUGGUGUGUCUCCUUCUGUACCUGUCCCCUCUGUCCCAGAGAGAGGAGCACAGAGAGAGGGAGAGAGAGAGAACUCAGAUGCCAUUCUAGAACUUUCAGAAGCCCGAGUAUUAGUCAUUUUGAAUCUUACUCAUUCUUGCAUAAAAUGUGACAAGUGUAUGCCAUCUGUGGUACAUCUCUCCAGUCUGCAUCCCGUCCGUUUUCUGGUUAUAGGAAGGUUUCUCCAGAUUCACCUGCCCACAGCCGCUCCCCCAGCCUCAGACACGGCCUUUCAGGAUGGGUGGCUGUAGCUAGGGCUAAAGGCUGGAGGUGUUACUAGGAAAACCCCGACCACUCAGGCCCAAGGUAGACCUCAGAGCCAAACUAACAGAUGUCCUGAUGGACGUAGAUGCUCUUGUGCAACAUGACUGUGGGGAUGGAUAAUCACUGCCAUUUUAAAGGAGGAAGCACACUUUUAAAGAUCUUUCAAUGUGCGUAGCCGUCUCAUUUUUCUACUUGCAGAAGGUGGAGUUUGUGAAAUCUCUUUAUGUCUUCAGGUUGCCUACCUUUCCAUUGCGUUUGUCAAUCUGUAAUUGAGUGGCUAGAUAUAUAUAUAUAUAUAUAUAUAUAUAUAUAUAUAUAUAUAUAUAUAGUCCAGAUCAUACUAAAUUAUCUGCUUAAGUCCUCACAUAUUCUGCUCCACAAUGAAUCAUUUUGGGGAAAUUUUGGUUUUCCUAUGUUUUGUAAUGUUUAUGACUAAGUAAAUAUGGAAUUAAAUAAUUAUAUGAAAACUGGACUAUUAAAAA